AUGAUUUGCCGAACCAAUGGGCUGCGAUCAUCGAUAAGGCUUGUCUCUUUUUCAAAUGGUCUAAAAACACUGGGUGUUAGUGGGGAUCUGCUGCAACUGGGGCCUCAGGAAUUGGCAGGAGCAAUUCAGUUGCACUUGGCCAAGAAUGAGGUUUCCGGGCUAAAAACGAUCAGAAAUAAGUUACAGAGGCAUCUGAAUAAUAGGUAUCCGGAAUACGUGGCAGAAGUGCGACGAGGGGGAAUUCUGCAGCCGGACUUGGUGCAAAUGAUAUUUUUCACGCAGGCUGGCUCCCGCCAGUACCAGGCCUUUGUUAUGUCGCUGGAGUCUGUGAUUAGCAGUCUUGGCUCGGUGGAGGUCAAGCGACGCCAACUUUACACACUGGUCCAAUUGCAAAAGGCGCUAUUCCCACAACUUGCGCGAAAGUCAGGAAUUCUGCUACCCGAAAGCGCGCACCAGUGGUUUUGGCGCGAGCUACCCAAGAACGCAAGCUUUGAGCAUUUCCAGUUUUUGAUCCAAAAUCAUGUGCUGCUUGGGUCCGAAUAUGCGAAUCGCUUCUUGAAUAGACUCCUCAAAGGCUCUGAAAUGGACCAGCAGCUCGCAACGUUCCAGAUAUUCUUGCAUGAAGCUCGGCAUGAGCACAUAUUUAGUGAGUCUUUCACUAAGGUUUACACUUUCGCGCAGAUCAUUCGCAUCACAGCGUCUCUACUUUCUAAAAAAGACUUUCGACAUAUCAAACACUAUUUCACAGCACUGCUGGAGAGAAUGGAGAAGUACGAGCUCCAAAAGCCUGGGCUAACGCAAAACGAACGCAUCACGCUCUUUAUUAAAUUCACGAGUACGCUUUUGAAAUAUUUCGAACGGUCUCAUAAUCAAGAUAUGUUUAUUCACAGCUUUAAAAUGGUGGUGGAACUUGUUCGUACGCAAAAGCUUGACUCAAGACUGCUACACAGACCUUUUCUACUGGCCGUAAAACAAUUGCGGCUCCUCAAUGAGCACUCGCAUGUGUUAAAGUUCAUAUCACUUGCUGAGGAGCUUAAUCUGGGGCGAAGUUUCAAGUUUAGACAAAGUCUCAUAGGUGAGCUCGUCGCCACACUCCGAUCUUUCAACGACCCGAAACUCAUUCUAGGUUAUAUCACUGCUGUAUACACCCACCCUCAAACUGUACCCUUAUUGAAUGAGUUAGGCAUCUGGGGGCUUCUGCAUCAUAAUUCCGUGGAUCGUUUGACUCUUGGACAGCUAAAAGCCGAUAUGCAAAAUAUGGAGGGCCAUAAAUCUCAGCUCUCCAUGUUUUUGACCCGACCACUUUUACCCAAUACGGUGGUUCUGACCGAAUUAUAUCGAACAACACUGCAAGACUUGAGCAGUACUACGAGUCCAACAAACCUCAAACAGCUUAUCAUUGAUCUCUAUCACCAGUACAUGAAUCUUUUGAAGGCCGGCAGAAUUUUGUUCCCAGAUACUGGCAUCUUGAAGAUACUUAUUUACCAUUUGCGCUAUACAUUGAAGGAAGACCACUUGACGCUUCAAUUGCUGCUGGAUUUUUAUCAAAAUCUGCCACAAGGUGGCUGCCGCAAUCGUGGGUCAUCUCCAUUUGGAUUAGUGAUAUACCACAACUACACAUUAACUAGGACCGAAUUAUCCUCUCUACUGGUGGUUAUGGACGCACAUAAAAUAAAAUUGGACUUCAAAGUUAUAUGCUCUCUAGUUUUCCACAACCUCAGGUCAGGGCAAGUCGAAGAUGCCAAAGUGUGGUAUGACAAAAUAGUAGUUGCAGGAUUCCCAAUCACCCAUAAACUUUUGAUCAAGCGUGCCUUUGAAAAUGAUUGGCAACUUCCAAAGGAUACUGACGUUGCGUUUCUCAAUGAGAGCGACACAGGCCAGGAAUUCGACGACGUCGAUGUACUCUCAACAGGCGAUUUAAUCGAAGAAGAGAUCGAAGGAACAACUGGAUUUGCCAAUGAGCUAUUAAAGGCAAUGGGAUCACUCAAGAGAACGCACAAUAUCGAACCUGCAAAACAAUGA